AAUCCGCGCUUCGUUCGGCUUCCUCCGUUUGUUGCAGUUCUUUUUCGACAAGGAAAUCAUUCGGAACAAAAGUCAGUAUUAUUUCUGUGUGGCUCACGGUUAAACAUAGGCUCGCCCACGCUGCUCACGCGCCGCACCGCCGCCGCUCGACUGCCCAGUCCCGUCUUCCUACUCGCCGCCUAUACACGCUCCAGAACAACAAAUAAGCAAGACAAAAUGAGUCGCUUAGGCCGGACCCGACGCACACGCGUCUACGAUUGCAACUUCGACAAAGGAGAGAGCUACUACCGUCCGGUAUUGGACCGUCUCGACGGCAAGACCCCGACGCCGCGCGCCACCGAACCGGACCGCGACCGUAUCAGGGCCGACGUUGAAAACCGCAUCAAGAGCGCUCUGGAUGACGUGGAAGGUCCCAUGGAUGAUCUGUUCGACUCUAGAGGAGCUAGGGUACAGAGGGGCAGACCUCUGUCCUCUGCGUUCGACACUGAGGAACUUUCAGAUGAUAUCACGGAGUCCCUGAAGCGCCUGCGUGCCGGCAAGAAGACGUCGCGCUUCGCCGAGGACAUCGACUUCGAUACCAACGUCGCUAAUCUCGAGAACCGCAUGAGGAUCUCCGACAAAAUUCUCGAGAGCGUUGGCAUCGGCCAGUCCGAGGUGAGCGGCGCGAGGAGAGCGCUGCAGGAGAACGAGGAGCGCACAGAGAAGCGCAUCGCCCGCAGGCUAAACGAAGAGAACUCACUCACAAAAUGGACUGCGCUAAAGUCCGACGACGAGAGCGCGGCCGCACAGAGGGCGAAGGUGACCAGAGCGCGCUUGACUGACUUGGAGGACGAGAUGAACGAGCUCAGCGAGCGGACGGCCAUGAGGGAAAAGCGCGCGGCCCGCCUCCGCGCCCUCGUCGCCGACAACGAAGCCUCCGCUGACACCACCGUCGCCUCCUCCAAGGUCACCAUCAGAUCCGAGAGGGAAAAGAAGCAAGUCACUUUCUAAACAAACGUAGUUAUCUUGUUAGUCUGUCGACGCUCUCGGCUCUAAAACCACACGUUUUAGGACACAGUGAGUUCUCUACGUUUCGAGAUAGAUAAGUUUGCUAGAAUGCGUGAUCCUGCAUUUGCCUAUGUACAAUGGUCGAAGUUGAUGUCUAUUUUAUAUUUGGAUAGAAUAAAAUGAAAUGCUAUGUAUUGCCCUGUUUUCUAUUUAUUGAACAGUUAAUAGAAUAAUUUUACAAUAA